AUGUUUGGUGGGAUAGUAACUAUAAUAUUUAGAAUCGGAAUUGUAAUAUACCUUGUAACAGAAUUGAUUAAAGUAAUUGAGAAGAAAAGCAACAUUACUAGUUCUUAAUUUACAAGAAAUCUUGCUAUAGAUACUAGAGAGAUGGAUAUUGAUGAAAAUGACUUUGAUAUAGGAUUCACACUUCUGUCAUUCGAUGAGAAGAUUAAAAAUCAUAAGGAAUUACCACUAGGUACUUGCAAAGAUGGCAGAUUCAAAGGGGAAACAGUUUAAACUUAAAGUCUCGGAAUUUAGCAAUCCUAUACUUGUCCUUAGAAUUUUAACGCAGCAUUUUCAGACGUUAAUGAGAAGCAUGGGAAUCCUGUUAAAACUAUUCUUAAAAAUUUUUAUGCAACGAGUGCAUCACCUGCUGGAUCAGAUGUUCCUAUAAUUGCUUUCUAUAUUUAGCUUGAUGACAUUAUAACCACUACCUAUUUAGAACUUUACACAAUAUCUGAUGCUCUUUCAAGUACAGGGGGUCUGAUCGGUAUUGUUACAAUCAUUUUGCAGGUUGCUCUAUCCUAAAUCUAGAGUGAUCUCUAUUAGUAAUCACUAGUUAAAGAUUUAUUUCAAAUAAGAGGAAGAAUCUUUUUAGGAAUGCCUAGAAGAAACUCGAGAAAAAAUUUGAGAUAAUUCAAAUUCUUAGAAACUAAUAGUUGGUUAUCCUAAUUAAAACUUUAUCUUACUGAGAUCUUUUAUCAGAAGGAAAGCUCAGCUAUUGAUAAAAGAAUCUUCAAAAACUUGAAUACAUCAAGUCAUACUAAUCAUACUGUUGAAAAUCAAAUAGGGCAUAAUGUUGUUAGAUAGAAUAUCUUUAAGGCCUUCAAAAAUAAAGCAAACCUUUAAAUAUCUCAAAUUUCAAAUAAAAAAGAAGCAAACACUUCAAGAGAAGGUGUGAAUGUAAAUUCCCGAAACAAAGCUAAUUAACUUCUAAGUGAAGACACGAAUUUUUAUUUGUCGGUAAGUAAUCUAAGAAAUAAUUCAGAAGAUAAUUUAUCAAUUGAAGAUUAUAUCGAAAAGGAGAUUAACAAAUAAGAAUGA